CCGGGCAGGCGCACGGGGAACACCUGCGAGCCUGGAGGUGGCGGAGGGUGCGAACCCGGCGGCGCGGCCAAACCUGGGCUGGCUGCCUGGGCCUCCUGGGCCAGGAGCUGGCACUGGGGGCGGCGGCGGUGUGGGAAAGUGGCGCCGCGGUGGGGCCUCCUGGAUGUGUCGGCGGAGGUGGCUUCAGUCCCGCGGAGCCCAGGCUUCAGAUCUUCCAGCUCAUCCUUUCAUAUUAGUCAUGAGGAAUCUCAGUCCCUACAGAGCUAGGAAAGAGCAUAGGUCCCCUCAUCCCCAGGGAUGGUCAGCACGUUCCUUCCUGAGCCUUGGGCCCCUGCGAGAAGGAGAAGAGGAGAGUGGAGAUCUUCAGCAGAAAGGAAGACAUGGUGCUGGUGGCUGGACCCUCCGUGGCCAUGCUUUCACCAGUUCUCGGGAUGCCCAUAGGGAUGGGUGAAGCCCGCCUGGCCUGUGGUGCUCCCCAGUGGCCGUCAUCUCACUAGGGCCCCACAGUGGCAUUAGGAUGCACCUCUCUGCGGUGUUCAAUGCCCUCCUGGUUUCGGUGCUGGCGGCGGUCCUGUGGAAGCAUGUGCGACUGCGUGAGCAUGCAGCCACACUGGAGGAGGAGCUGGCCCUCGGCCGACAGGCCACAGAGCCAGCCCCAGCGCUGAGGAUCGACUACCCGAAGGCACUGCAGAUCCUGAUGGAGGGUGGCACACACAUGGUGUGCACAGGCCGCACGCACACAGACCGCAUCUGCCGCUUCAAGUGGCUUUGCUACUCCAACGAGGCCGAGGAGUUCAUCUUCUUCCACGGCAACACCUCUGUCAUGCUACCCAACCUGGGUUCCCGGCGCUUCCAGCCAGCCCUGCUCGACCUGUCCACCGUGGAGGACCACAACACCCAGUACUUCAACUUCGUGGAGCUGCCUGCUGCUGCCCUGCGCUUCAUGCCCAAGCCGGUGUUCGUGCCAGAUGUGGCCCUCAUCGCCAACCGCUUCAACCCUGACAACCUCAUGCAUGUCUUUCACGACGACCUGCUGCCACUCUUCUACACGCUGCGGCAGUUUCCCGGCCUGGCCCACGAGGCACGACUCUUCUUCAUGGAGGGCUGGGGCGAGGGUGCACACUUCGACCUCUACAAGCUGCUCAGCCCCAAGCAGCCUCUCCUGCGGGCACAGCUGAAGACGCUGGGCCGGCUGCUGUGCUUCUCCCAUGCUUUUGUGGGCCUCUCCAAGAUCACUACCUGGUACCAGUAUGGCUUUGUCCAGCCCCAGGGCCCGAAAGCCAACAUCCUCGUCUCGGGCAAUGAGAUCCGGCAGUUCGCACGGUUCAUGACAGAAAAGCUGAACGUGAGCCACACAGGAGCCCCCCUAGGCGAGGAGUACAUUCUGGUCUUUAGCCGAACCCAGAACAGACUCAUCCUGAAUGAGGCAGAGCUGCUGCUGGCACUGGCCCAGGAGUUCCAGAUGAAGACAGUGACAGUGUCCCUGGAGGACCACGCCUUUGCUGAUGUCGUGCGACUGGUCAGCAAUGCCUCCAUGCUGGUCAGCAUGCAUGGGGCCCAGCUGGUCACCACCCUCUUCCUGCCCCGUGGGGCAACUGUGGUAGAGCUCUUCCCAUAUGCUGUCAAUCCCGACCACUACACUCCCUAUAAGACACUGGCCAUGCUGCCUGGCAUGGACCUCCAGUAUGUAGCCUGGAGGAACAUGAUGCCAGAGAACACAGUCACACACCCUGAGCGGCCCUGGGACCAGGGGGGCAUCACCCAUCUGGACCGGGCUGAGCAAGCCCGUAUCCUGCAAAGCCGUGAGGUCCCACGGCAUCUCUGUUGCCGGAACCCCGAGUGGCUCUUCCGAAUCUACCAGGACACCAAGGUGGACAUCCCAUCCCUCAUUCAAACCAUACGGCGCGUGGUGAAGGGCCGGCCAGGACCACGGAAGCAGAAGUGGACAGUCGGCCUAUACCCAGGCAAGGUGCGGGAGGCACGGUGCCAGGCGUCAGUACAUGGCGCCUCCGAGGCCCGCCUCACUGUCUCCUGGCAGAUCCCAUGGAACCUUAAGUACCUGAAGGUGAGGGAGGUGAAGUAUGAGGUGUGGCUGCAGGAGCAAGGGGAGAACACCUAUGUGCCUUAUAUCCUUGCCCUGCAGAACCAUACCUUCACUGAGAACAUCAAGCCCUUCACCACCUACCUGGUGUGGGUCCGCUGCAUCUUCAACAAGAUCCUCCUGGGACCCUUUGCAGAUGUGCUGGUGUGCAGCACGUAGCGAGCGGGCCACAGCCUGGCCUCGGGAGGGUGGCUUCUGCAGUUCAGCAUCCCUGGGCCCGUUAAUCCCACUGUGGAGACUUCUGGGAACUGUCUAUUUAUUGGGCAGGGCUGCCCCAGGCCUGUGCCUCCACGUCAUCUUGUUGCCCCGGGGGUGUGGUGUCACAGCACUCCUCUUUGCCCUAGAGAUAUGGGAGCCCACUUCCCCUUCUCCCAUCCUGAACAUUUAUACCCCUGGAGAAGUUCCUUAGCAGGGUGGAGGAAGAGGAGAGGAGGAAGGAAAGAAUCACAAGGAACCUCUGGCUAGGUGAUCCUGAUGUUUCCUACUGAGUUUUUCUGGUAUCCAGAUUUCUGGAAACCGAGUAAUCAUGUACUGUUUGAUUGGGUGGUUCAUCUGCUUCCAUCCCAGUGAAAUCUACCUGUAGCCCAGUUAAGGGUGUGUUUGGAACAUUCAUUAAAUGAUUCUAAGCAUCUUG